UCCUGAAAUCAACCAGACUUCUAGCAUUACCACCACCCCUUUUAACUCUUAAUUCUGAGAAAGAGAUAUUUUCUUCCUUUCUCCCCUAUAACACAGAGGCUUUGAGUAUUCCCUGAAUGUCAGGGGUUUAGAGUGAAAAGCAAAGAGAAAAUGAUUCUAUAAGUAGAUAAACAAGGCCUUGCAUAAUGGGAGCAUCAAUAGAGGAAAUAGACAAGGGAACAUGUAAUUAUAACUCAGUAGGACAAACCCAAUAACAAAAAUGUGAUACCUAGUACAAGGAUUAGCACAGAGCAGAGUAUAAGACCCAUAGAGCAAGGGCUGUUUUUUAUUAAUCUCUAUAUAUCCAGUAUUUAAUAGGUUCAAUAAAUCAGUUAAAUGAAUGAGAUUAAUUCUGCUUUAGAAAGAGACAACAAGCAAGAAAGUCUACCCAAAUGACACAAGAUCUGGGGUUUGAAAGUCAGGCGAAAUGGGAAGAGAAUGAAUGAUAGCCAUGGAGAACAGUGUUCAGGGGCAAGUUCAUCCUACUCUUGAGUCUAGUGAUGAUGCUCUUCAGUAUGUUGAAGAAUUAAUUUUGCAGUUACUAAAUAUGCUGUGCCAAGCUCAGCCCCGAAGUGCUUCAGAUGUAGAGGAACGUGUUCAAAAAAGUUUCCCUCAUCCAAUUGAUAAGUGGGCAAUAGCUGAUGCCCAGUCGGCUAUUGAAAAGAGGAAGCGAAGAAACCCUUUAUCUCUCCCAGUAGAAAAAAUUCAUCCUUUGUUAAAGGAGGUCCUAGGUUAUAAAAUUGACCACCAGGUUUCUGUUUACAUAGUAGCAGUAUUAGAAUACAUUUCUGCAGACAUUUUAAAGCUGGUGGGGAAUUAUGUGCGAAAUAUACGGCAUUAUGAAAUUACAAAACAAGAUAUUAAAGUGGCAAUGUGUGCUGAUAAGGUAUUGAUGGAUAUGUUUCAUCAAGAUGUAGAAGAUAUAAAUAUAUUAUCUUUAACUGAUGAAGAGCCUUCCACCUCAGGAGAGCAAACUUAUUAUGAUUUGGUAAAAGCAUUUAUGGCAGAAAUUCGACAAUACAUAAGGGAACUUAAUUUAAUUAUAAAAGUUUUUAGAGAGCCCUUUGUCUCCAAUUCAAAAUUGUUUUCAGCUAACGAUGUAGAAAAUAUAUUUAGCCGUAUAGUGGAUAUACAUGAACUUAGUGUAAAGUUACUGGGCCAUAUAGAAGAUACUGUAGAAAUGACAGAUGAAGGCAGUCCCCAUCCAUUAGUAGGAAGUUGCUUUGAAGACUUAGCAGAGGAACUGGCAUUUGAUCCAUAUGAAUCAUAUGCUCGAGAUAUUUUACGACCUGGUUUUCAUGAUCGUUUCCUUAGUCAGUUAUCAAAGCCUGGAGCGGCACUCUAUUUGCAGUCAAUAGGCGAAGGUUUCAAAGAAGCUGUUCAGUAUGUUUUACCCAGGCUACUUCUAGCCCCUGUUUACCACUGUCUACAUUACUUUGAACUUCUGAAGCAGUUAGAAGAAAAGAGUGAAGAUCAAGAAGACAAGGAAUGUUUGAAACAAGCAAUAACAGCUUUGCUUAAUGUUCAGAGUGGUAUGGAAAAAAUAUGCUCUAAAAGUCUUGCAAAACGAAGACUGAGUGAAUCUGCAUGUCGGUUUUAUAGUCAGCAAAUGAAGGGGAAACAACUAGCAAUCAAGAAAAUGAACGAGAUUCAGAAGAAUAUUGAUGGUUGGGAGGGAAAAGACAUUGGACAGUGUUGCAAUGAGUUUAUAAUGGAAGGAACUCUUACACGUGUAGGAGCCAAACAUGAGAGACACAUAUUUCUCUUUGAUGGCUUAAUGAUUUGCUGUAAAUCAAAUCAUGGGCAGCCAAGACUUCCUGGUGCUAGCAAUGCAGAGUAUCGUCUUAAAGAAAAGUUUUUUAUGAGAAAGGUACAAAUUAAUGACAAAGAUGACACCAAUGAGUACAAGCAUGCUUUUGAGAUAAUUUUAAAAGAUGAAAAUAGCGUUAUAUUUUCUGCCAAGUCAGCUGAAGAGAAAAACAAUUGGAUGGCAGCAUUGAUAUCUUUACAGUACCGGAGUACACUGGAAAGGAUGCUUGAUGUGACAAUGCUACAGGAAGAAAAGGAGGAGCAGAUGAGGCUCCCUAGUGCUGAUGUUUAUAGAUUUGCAGAGCCUGACUCUGAAGAAAAUAUCAUAUUUGAAGAAAACGUGCAGCCCAAAGCUGGAAUUCCAAUUAUCAAAGCAGGAACUGUUAUUAAACUUAUAGAGAGGCUCACAUACCAUAUGUACGCAGAUCCCAAUUUUGUUCGGACAUUUCUUACAACAUAUAGAUCCUUUUGUAAACCUCAAGAACUACUGAGUCUUAUAAUAGAAAGGUUUGAAAUUCCAGAGCCUGAGCCAACAGAAGCUGAUCGCAUAGCUAUAGAGAAUGGAGAUCAGCCCUUGAGUGCAGAACUAAAAAGGUUUAGAAAAGAAUAUAUACAGCCUGUACAACUGCGAGUAUUAAAUGUAUGUCGGCACUGGGUAGAGCACCACUUCUACGAUUUUGAAAGAGAUGCAGAUCUUUUGCAGCGAAUGGAGGAAUUUAUUGGAACAGUAAGAGGUAAAGCGAUGAAAAAGUGGGUUGAAUCCAUCACUAAAAUAAUCCAAAGGAAAAAAAUUGCAAGAGACAAUGGACCAGGUCAUAAUAUUACAUUUCAGAGUUCACCCCCUACAGUUGAGUGGCAUAUAAGCAGACCUGGGCACAUAGAGACUUUUGACCUGCUCACCUUACACCCAAUAGAAAUUGCUCGACAACUCACUUUACUUGAAUCAGAUCUAUAUCGAGCUGUACAGCCAUCAGAAUUAGUUGGAAGUGUGUGGACAAAGGAAGACAAAGAAAUUAAUUCUCCUAAUCUUCUGAAAAUGAUCCGGCAUACCACUAAUCUCACUCUGUGGUUUGAGAAAUGUAUUGUAGAAACUGAAAACUUAGAAGAAAGAGUAGCUGUGGUGAGUCGAAUAAUUGAGAUUCUGCAAGUCUUUCAAGAGCUGAACAACUUCAAUGGUGUCCUUGAGGUUGUCAGUGCUAUGAACUCAUCACCUGUAUACAGACUAGACCACACGUUUGAGCAAAUACCAAGUCGCCAAAAGAAAAUUUUAGAAGAAGCUCAUGAACUAAGUGAAGAUCACUAUAAGAAAUAUUUGGCAAAACUCAGGUCUAUUAAUCCACCAUGUGUGCCUUUCUUUGGAAUUUAUCUAACUAAUAUCUUGAAAACAGAAGAAGGCAACCCUGAGGUCCUAAAAAGGCAUGGAAAAGAGCUUAUAAACUUUAGCAAAAGGAGGAAAGUAGCAGAAAUAACAGGCGAGAUCCAGCAGUACCAAAAUCAGCCUUAUUGUUUACGAGUAGAAUCAGAUAUCAAAAGGUUCUUUGAAAACUUGAAUCCAAUGGGAAAUAGUAUGGAAAAAGAAUUUACAGAUUAUCUUUUCAACAAAUCCCUAGAAAUAGAACCACGAAACCCUAAGCCUCUCCCAAGAUUUCCAAAAAAAUAUAGCUAUCCCCUAAAAUCUCCUGGUGUUCGUCCAUCAAACCCAAGACCAGGUACUAUGAGACAUCCCACACCUCUGCAGCAAGAGCCAAGGAAAAUUAGUUAUAGUAGGAUCCCUGAAAGUGAAACAGAAAGUACAGCAUCUGCACCAAAUUCUCCAAGAACACCGUUAACACCUCCUCCUGCUUCUGGUGCUUCUAGUACCACAGAUGUUUGCAGCGUAUUUGAUUCUGAUCAUUCAAGCCCUUUUCACUCAAGCAGCGAUACCGUCUUUAUCCAAGUUACACUGCCCCAUGGCCCAAGAUCUGCUUCAGUAUCAUCUAUAAGUUUAACCAAGAGCACUGAUGAAGUGCCUGUCCCCCCUCCUGUUCCUCCACGAAGACGACCAGAAUCUGCCCCAGCGGAAUCUUCGCCAUCUAAGAUCAUGUCUAAGCAUUUGGACAGCCCCCCAGCAAUUCCUCCUAGGCAACCCACAUCAAAAGCCUAUUCACCACGAUAUUCAGUAUCAGACCGGACCUCUAUAUCAGAUCCUCCUGAAAGCCCUCCCUUAUUACCUCCACGAGAACCCGUGAGGACACCUGAUGUUUUCUCAAGCUCACCACUACAUCUCCAACCUCCCCCUUUGGGCAAAAAAAGUGACCAUAGUAAUGCCUUCUUCCCAAACAGCCCUUCCCCCUUUACACCACCUCCUCCUCAAACACCUUCUCCUCACGGCACAAGAAGGCAUCUGCCAUCACCACCAUUGACACAAGAAGUGGACCUUCAUUCCAUUGCUGGGCCGCCUGUUCCUCCACGACAAAGCACUUCUCAACAUAUCCCUAAACUCCCUCCAAAAACUUACAAAAGGGAGCAUACACACCCAUCCAUGCACAGAGAUGGACCACCACUGUUGGAGAAUGCUCAUUCUUCCUGAGUUCCUCUAUACCAGGAUGUACAUUUUCCUGGCCCCAAAUCCAUUGCUGGCGAUGGAUGCACUGAACGUGCCAGCACUGAGGAGUUAAAAUGAGAACUCCAAACACUAACGACUCUACUUCAAGAUGCAGUAUAAGACAAUGAAUUUUAACCUAGAUGUAAUUAUAAAGUGAAAAUGGUGUUCGUUUAGAAUAUGGAAAGACUGAUCUAGAGGAAGUGGACAACUGAUUGCACCUGAAAAUCAAGUAAAGGGAACUUUCUCCAGCCAGUAGGCAGGAGUCCUCUUUUUGUGAAGUGAUCUUUAUCAUUAAAGGGAUGAAAAACAGUCUAGUGUCCAGCAGGCCCACAUGAUGACAGUUUUUGUAAUUCAAAAUAUUAUGCACUUUUUAAAAAGAAAUCUUAAACAGGGAUCUUCAAAUCCUCCUUUGUUUUCCUUUGCUUUUGUUUGUCCUACUUUAGAAUAUUUUCUUAAAAAUCAUUCAGAGGACUGUGAGGAAAGGCUGUGGUACCUGACCUUGUUGGAAUCAAGGCCCAGCACUGUACUACAGUCCUGUUUACAGAUUAUUACAGUGAAUUGAAUGGGUACCGAGGCUUCACCAAAGAGGUACUUUUUUUUUUUUUUUUAAGAAUAAUUAUACCGAUUUUAAGAGCAUUCCCCUACCCACCCUCCCUACACAAACAAAAUGUGGUGGUGUUGCCUUCAAACAAGAGAAGUUUUGUGUCAUUAACAAUGACAGAAGAACUUUUAAAACAAUGUAACUGUCAAGUAUAUGAUUUACAUUUAGGAGACUGUUAAUCUAUGCUAGAUUGUCAUUUUCCCCCCUUUUCCCACAAAAGUUUACUGGUAAUCCAUGUCAUGGCUUGUAGCUGUCCCUCUAACCAUACUAUGGAAAUGCAGUCACCCAGUGUGAAAGGAGUACUUGCUGGGCAUCGCUGACACCGUUCAUGUUUUACUAAUAGUUGAGUGAUCAGCAUAUCUAGAAUUACCUUGCAUUGCCUAAAUCAUGUGUAUAUAGUGAAUGUUAUAUAAUAUACCUGGCAGGUCUGUUUUAAUUUAAUUGAAUAAAGAUACAAAUACUUUGUUUGGCUGGCAUAUAUUAAAUUAUUAUAUGAGAAAAUGGUUGAUUCUUAUUUCUUUCAGUUGAAACACACAAACACUAAGCAUAAAAGCACGUAUUGUGGUACGCCUUGGUUUCUAGUUCUGGAUGUAUGUAUUCAUCUUAAAGAAUGAUCUAAAGUUGCAGUUUGGCAUGUAGGAAAAUAUUUGGUUAGAAUAGGAUGGGUAUCUUUUAAGCAGAGCUUUGUAAGGUUUUUAAUUUCCUAGGUAACAUGUAUAAAGUCUGUUAAAGUUUAUAUUAAACAUUCUACCUUG